AUGCUCCGUCUGGGAUUCUGGGUGGCUACCCUGCUCUGUGUUUUUGUCCCUGACGUUGUCCGCAGUGACUGCUGGUUGAUUGAAGGAGACAAAGGUUACGUGUGGCUGGCCAUCUGCAGCCAGAACCAGCCUCCGUACGAGACCAUCCCCCAGCACAUCAACAGCACGGUGCACGACCUGCGGCUGAAUGAGAACAAGCUCAAGGUGGUGCUCUACUCCUCACUCAACCGCUUUGGGAACUUGACUGACCUCAACCUCACCAAAAACGAGAUCUCUUACAUUGAGGAUGGCGCCUUCAUGGGACAGUCCAACCUGCAGGUGCUGCAGCUGGGCUACAACAAGCUUACCAACCUGACAGAGGGCAUGCUGCGUGGCAUGGGCCGCCUCCAGUUCCUCUUUGUGCAGCACAACCUGAUCGAGGUGGUCACCCCCAACGCCUUUGGCGAAUGUCUCAGCCUCAUCAGCAUCGACCUGUCCUCCAAUCGCCUGAGCCGACUCGAGGGGAGCACCUUCACCGGCCUGAGCAACCUGAUGGUGUGCGAACUUGCCGGGAACCCUUUCAACUGUGACUGCAACCUCUAUGGCUUCCUCGUGUGGCUGGUGGCCUUCAACAAUGUCACGAAAAACUACGACCGCCUGCAGUGCGAGACCCCCCGUGAGUUUGCCGGCUACCCACUUCUCAUGCCUCGGCCGCACCACAGCCGCAACGCCAUCACCAUUUUCAAGUCCAUGUGUGGGGAUGGCACUUUCCCACCCAUUUCCAGGAUCAAACCUACACAGUUGAUCACAGAUCCUCAGAGGGACCCAGAUGACAAUGCUGAGAACUCGGGCAUUAGCCCAGGGGACUUCCUCUCAGUCGAACCUCCUGCGUCUUCCACCACAGAUUCCUCCUUCAACCCCAGUAUCAAGCUCCAGCAGGUGACGAUCACCUCAGCUGCCUUGGUGGUGACAAUUCCAUCACCCUUCAGCAAGAUGUAUGUGCUGGUUCAGUACAAUAACAGCUACAUCUCUGAUGUAAUGACUCUGAAGAAGAAGAAGGAAGUUGUCACUCUCACUCACCUGAAGGCUCACACUGAUUAUACCUUCUGUGUGGCUUCUAUACGCAACUCCAAACGCUAUAACCACACCUGCCUCUCUUUUGCCACCAGGAGCAAAGGGACCAAGGAAGUGAUUCCCAACACCUCCACUACUACCCACUACAUCAUGACCAUCUUAGGCUGCCUUUUUGGGAUGGUUAUUAUCCUUGGCAUCAUCUACUAUUGCCUGAGGAAGCGUAGGAUGCAAGAGGAGAAGCAAAAGUCCCUCAAUGUCAAGAAAACAAUUUUGGAAAUGCGUUAUGGCUCAGAUAUUGAUACCAGUUCAAUUGUACAUCCGUCUCAGAAGUUGGGAGAGCCCCCAGUCAUCCCUGUCUCACGGAUGUCCUCUCUUCCAUCCAUGAUUGGAGAGAAAAUGCCUUCGUCCAAAUCUAUGGAAGCUGGCAUGGAGACUCCCAAGGUCACUACCAAGGGCAAUUACAUUGAGGUUCGGACAGGUGGUGGGGAUGGGAUGGACAGGUCACAGCGGGAUGAUGACCUCCAUGAACUGGACAAUGGCCAAGGUUCAGCCGCUGAAAUCUCGACCAUUGCCAAGGAAGUGGACAAGGUAAACCAGAUAAUCAACAACUGCAUUGAUGCCCUCAAACUGGACACAGCCUCUUUCUUGGGGGGAGGGGGUGGUGUUGAUUCUGACAUGGGUUAUGAAUGCCAGUCCAUACCAGCCAGUUCCACUGGUGGGAUGGAGCGGCCAAGUUUCCUUUCACCACCUUACAAGGAGAGCUCCCACCAUCCACUGCAGCGCCAGCUCAGUGCAGAUGCUGCUGUGACCAGGAAAACCUGCAGUGUCUCCUCUAGUGGCUCUAUCAAGAGUGCCAAGGUCUUCAGCCUUGAUGUACCUGACCACCCACCAUUGAGUAAGGCAGACUCAAAGUAUAUUGAGAAAGGAAGCCCACUCAACAGCCCUUUGGAUCGUCUUCCCCUUGUGUCCCCAGGUGCCAUCCACCACCUGGAGGUGAAACCUUCCUAUCACUGCAGUGAACACCGGCAUUCUUUCCCAGCUCUCUACUAUGAGGAGAGUGGUGACACCUUAAGCCAGCGGGUGUCCUUCCUUAAGCCGCUCUCCCGUUCCAAGCGGGACUCCACAUAUUCUCAGCUCUCACCAAGACAUUACUUCUCAGGCUAUUCCUCUAGCCCAGAGUACUCCUCAGAGAGCACCCAUAAGAUCUGGGAGCGUUUCCGGCCUUACAAGAAGCACCACCGGGAGGAGGUUUACAUGGCGGCUGGCCAUGCUCUGCGGAAGAAAGUCCAGUUCGCCAAGGAUGAAGAUCUGCACGAUAUCUUGGAUUACUGGAAAGGUGUCUCUGCUCAACAGAAGUUGUGACUCUCUCAUUAAAAGGAAGAAAAACCAACCACACACACAAAAAUCAAAAAAAUAUACCCACCUGACUGUGAAAAAAAAAAAAAACCUGACAAAAAGAAACUGAAAACCAUUUCUUAAAGUUUACAAAAAAAGAACAGGAAAAAAAACCCAAGUGAAAUGAAUUGUCUCUACUAUGUUACAGGGACCAUAGUUAUUCCUUCAGAUGGUGGGGAGGAGACACUUGCUUUUAUACUGUGUUGAACUGAGGGAGAUGACUGUUAGGGGAGAUACUGGGCUUGUACGUAGCAUAGGUGGGAGGAAAAGGAUGCCAUUGAGGCAUAGAUUAAGACACUAACCAUCACUUUUCUCUUCCUUUUAUUUUGUCCCAGAAAAGGGUAGGGUUUUGCUCAUUCCCCUGACAAAAGUGAGGGGGCAGUGAUUCCGCUUUCUUACCUUUCUCUUUCCUGUGCUUAAAAGGGUCCUCUAAAAGUCAUCCUUGGGCAUGAGAGUCAGUUUCCCAGGAGUGGUUCACACAUAGCUGGGCGUAAGAUUUAAAUGACCCAACCAUGUGAUCAAUUGUGUGGGUGCCAAGUAUGGAGUUAGCUCCGUGCUGUGGGCACAGUUGUGAAAUCUGCGGUAAAGUCCCAAUGGGCCCAUGGUUGAGGCCACUCAAAUGUUAUCUCAGAUACACUGGAGCCAGUCGCAAAACAAAGGGUUGGAUCGAGGCUUAAGACACUCUCAGAACUCAAGGUGGCUAAAGUUAGCCAUGUCUAAUUUCAGCCACAUGGA